AUGCCGCUGACAGCAUCUGAGCUUGGUCUGGCCUUGUCUCCUGCAGGUGCAAGGACACAUGAUAGUUCUGUUCAGAUGCUGGCCGAGCGAAUCAGUGGUCAGUUGACUACGGCCCUAGCAAGUAGCGUCGGGCAAGCAUUUUCCUACUUAAGAGCCGAGAUCCAUAACAGAAAGCUGUACGUCAUGUUUGAGCAGCUGUUGGCCUGCGACCCAAAGACAGACCACGAAGCACCAAAAGAUGUAUACCCCAUUUAUAGUGCCUCUAUCGAUACAGCGGAGCUUAUGAUCAUGGACCGCGGAAUGAAAGACAUGCGGGCCCGAUUGCAAGAUGGGAUCAGAGACCACCUUCUUGAGUACAUUAAGGUCCGUGACCACCUGGAGCUCCAGCAUGACAAAAUGAGCAGACAGAUUUACUCGCUGACACGCCGAAUUGGCGAGCUAACUGAAAUUCUUCAGGCCAUCCUAGUAGAGAAGGCCACGUCGACUAAGCGCAGUCAGUUGAAGAUCCAUGAGCUUAACAAUAUUAUCAGUGGGUAUGCUAGAUCGAACACAGCCUCUCAGAGUUAUGAUGCUGACUAUACGUUACUAAGAGAUACGUCCCUUUUAGCACAAGGUAGGGAGAAUGAGCAGUUCCAGCGAGAAAUCGAAAGCAAGAAUGUAACCAUUGCCGCUCUAAAGAGCAAGAUGCAACUCCUAAGCAAUCAACUAACUGAAGCAAAGGCACGAACACGCAGUAUCCUGACACGAUCUUUCUCCAGGCAGUCAUCAGAUGUUCACACAACCCGGCCUUAUCCCACUUCAGCUGGCUCCGAGCACGUCGACAGCGUUGCCUGUAGCACCGACCAAGAUUUUAUCGGAAGCACUAGCAUGAUACUGGGACUGAUGAGCACACCUCGUGGCGUACAAGAUCUCGGUAAAAUGUCACCUGAGAGCAAACCUGAGACCGAGAUACAGCUUCAGCACAGCGCAAACGAGCGAGACGGUUUCCUGGAUUCUAAAAGGCAAUCGUGUGUGCCACCCAUCUUCAAGUUCUCUAGUCCUAUUUUACGCAAGUGGCAAACUGAGCGACAAUCUAUAAAGCCUAGCAAUAUGGGCCUAGCUACGUUAUCAUCCAGUAAGGGCUUCAAACCUGAUAGCAGCCCACAAUGUGUAGAAGAUCGGCAAUCCCUUGAGCAACCUCUUGAACGGUCCUCUGUACCUCCGUUGCAGCUUGAUGCAUCCUCUUAUGUUCCUGACUGCCGGAGUGCUGGGGAGUUUACUUUACUGCAUAGCAACCCUCCACCUUCGAGUAAUAUUCUAACCCGUGCAUCCCUUCUCUCUCCACUGAUACCACAUACCAUGCGGGAGCUUUCUAUGAGAAUACAUUCACCGGUAAAGGAAGAUACCUUGUUUGAGAGGCCUGCUCCUACGCCCUUGGAUGACCUUUGUGAUCAGAAACUCUCUUCCUGCGAGUCUGAGGACAGUUCUUCCUUUGCUGUGGCUUGUGAGACUGUAAGCGAAGGAAAGACUCCUCUGAUGACAAGUUGCGGUGUCAGCAAAGAUCCUACCACCAGCCUACGUCCACAUUCCCGGCAGUCAGUUGACGUAAGCGAUAAAGCUGUUCAAACACUAAGUGGUGGCCUGUUCACAGCGGAGCAACUGUGGCAAAAUAUUGAUUUAGCACUAAACCUAUUUGCCAAAAGAUGGGUAGGUUCGCACUCAGACAUUACGUCCUGCCAAUCAAAAGCUAUACAGUGUUCUGGUGAAAUAUCUGACUGUGAGUCAUAUUCAUUUUACCCUGAAUCAAUCCGAACCAAUCCUAUUCUAUAUAUGCAAAAGGUUCGCCGGGUAUUGAAGAAAAAUAUCUUUGAGAACUACGCUCUCUCGCAAGCAAGGACACCAUAUAACGAAUACAACUAUGAAAACCCCAACUGUGAAGACUCUGAUGAUACUUUAAGUGACAUUCACAUUGAGAAAGUUCAAUACAGCAGCAUGCUUUACGAGCCUUCAAUAGUUCGGCCAACUAAGACAUCUGCACGGACUAUUUCGUCAUAUACCCCAUCUACUAGAAGAGCAGCCUCAGGCGCUCUCCUUUCCUCAGCAUCACCUCGACGUCCUCUCAUACGUAGCUCUUCCAGCGCACCUAAGUCCCAUGGUGUCAUGUCUGCUGGGAAAAGUUUUAGGCACUUACCAAAUAGCCCAAACGAAAGGCUUUCACCGAGGCGAAGUAACAAUUUCCUCUCUGCGCGCUCUCCAAUUCAUACCAUUGAGCACAUACAACGAUCUAAUACUUCAGCAUCUAAGCUGAUCAGUAAGCGGCCACUUCCACAAUUUAAUACAACUGGCAUAGUGGAGGCAGUUGUUGAGUCUAAGCCUGUUAAAUCCUUACCUCUUAAAAAUGGCCAAUGA